AUGUCGCCCGCACGCAACAUGCCCACCGUGAGCUCGCCUCUCUCGCCAAGGACUGAGCCCCUGGCUAUUCCCUCAGGCCGUCGACGACCUCAAGUCCACUCACGCCAGUCAUCGACCAGUGGCCCCGCCAUGCACCUCCGACUGCCGUCUUUGCCACGCUUCCACCCUGCCAAUUUUGGAACUCCCAGUUCGAGUGCGUCAGGCACGCCGGUCACUGGCCCAAACAGCCCGAACCCUCCUCUCUCCCCUCGGUCAGGCAACACUGUCAGCAAAUAUGAAGCUCAGAAGCAGAUGUACCUCUACCAGCAGCAGCUCCAGGCCAGGACCUCCACUCAAGUUCGAGGAUCACUGUCCGCCAAACCCACCAGCCCUCGUCUGGAUCCCUUGGCCAGCCCUGGAGCCGUCACGCCUCUGGAGCUCGAAGGCGCUGAUAGCUACUUGACAGCUGGAGUCAACCCUCAGGAAGCUGCUUCGCAUGUCGAGAGGCUGAUCCACGAAGAAGCCAACCGCCGUGGUGACCUCUCUCCUGGGCGUACAACCUCAGUUGGCGGCAGGUGA